AUGGCUAAGUCCAAGUUUAUUGAGUACAUUGAUGAUGCUUUAGAAAAAUCAAAGGCAACCGCACUUUCUCGCUUAUUUUUCACCUAUGAAGGGAUUCCUUACCCAGUCACCAUGUGUACCUCAGAAACUUUCCAAGCGCUGGACACUUUCGAAGCCAGAAGUGAUGACAUGGUGCUAGCGUCCUACCCAAAGUGUGGUUCAAAUUGGAUUCUCCACAUUGUCAGUGAAUUAAUAUUUACUGUUUCCAGAAAAAGAUAUGAAUACCCAGAAUUCCCAGUUCUUGAAUGUGGAGACUCCAGAAAAUAUGAGAGAAUGAAACAGUUUCCAUCACCAAGGAUUUUAACAACACACCUCCAUUAUGACAAAUUACCUCGGUCCAUCUUGAAGAACAAAGCCAAGGUAUUGGUGAUAUUUCGAAAUCCAAAAGAUACUGCCGUGUCUUUUUUUCAUUUUCACAAUGAUGUCCCCGAUAUUCCAAGCUAUGCCUCCUGGAACGAAUUCUUCAAGCAGUUCAUGAAAGGACAAGUUUCUUGGGGAAGCUAUUUUGAUUUUGCAAUUAACUGGAACAAGCAUCUUGAUGAUGAAAAUGUCAAGCUCAUAUUAUAUGAAGACCUGAAAGAGAACCUGGACACUGGCAUAAAAGAAAUAGCUGAAUUCCUUAAAUUCUCUCUAACUGGGGAGCAGAUUCAAACUAUCUCUGCCCAGAGCACCUUUCAAGCAAUGCGAGAAAAGUCUCAGAAGACGCAUGGCCCUGUUGGCCCCUUCCUGUUCCGCAAAGGUGAAGUUGGUGACUGGAAAAACUUGUUCAGUGAAGCUCAGAACCAGGAAAUGGAUGCAAAAUUCAUAGAGUGUUUGGGAGGCACUUCCUUAGGAGCAAAGAUGAAGUAUGAAUCAUAUUGCCAGGAUUGAGCCUGGCUAAGGUGG